UCUCUCUCUCUCUCUCUCUCUCUCUCUCCACUCGUCAGCCCCAUCUCCGAUUGAUCCAGUCACUGAAAACCCACUUCAGCGCUUCUUCAACUCCAGGACUUCUCAGCCCCAAUCUUAUUUGUUAAUUUUUAUUUGUGGUCUUUGUGCGCCGCCAUGUCUGCCGCCCCCUCUCCGCCGCCGCUGUCGACGUGCCACCCCAACGCCACGGUGUGCUCGGGCACGUCGUGCCUGGUGCCGCCCAGCGACUACAACGCCAUCCUGAGCCUGGUGCUGAGCACGGUGCUCACCGUCAUGCUGGCCAUGGUGAUGUUCGCCAUGGGCUGCACCGUGGAGGUGGCCAAGCUGUGGCAGCACCUGCGCCGGCCCUGGGGCAUCGUCAUCGGCUUCCUGUGCCAGUUCGGCAUCAUGCCCUUCACCGCCUUCGCCCUCUCGCUGGCCUUCGACGUGCUGCCCGUCCAGGCCGUGGUCAUCAUCAUCAUGGGCUGCUGCCCCGGGGGCUCCAGCUCCAACAUCAUCGCCUACUGGCUGGACGGGGAUAUGGACCUCAGUAUCAGCAUGACGGCAUGUUCCUCCAUCUUGGCCAUGGGGAUGAUGCCUCUGUGUCUGCUCAUCUACACGUCUGUCUGGGUGUCUGCGGACACCAUCCAGAUCCCCUACACGAGCAUCGCUAUCACUCUGGUGUCUCUGCUGAUCCCCGUUGCCUUGGGGAUCUAUGUGAAGUACCGCUGGCCCAAACAGGCCAAGAAGAUCCUCAAGGUGGGCUCCAUAAUGGGUUUCCUGCUGAUCAUCAUCAUAGCGGUGGUCGGGGGCGUGCUGUACCAGUCCUCCUGGACCAUCUCCCCGUCCCUCUGGAUCAUCGGCGCCAUCUACCCCUUCGUGGGCUUCGGCCUCGGAUUCCUCAUGGCACGCUUCGUGGGACAGCCCUGGCACCGGUGCCGCACCAUCGCCCUGGAGACGGGCUUCCAGAACUCCCAGCUGUGCAGCACCAUAGUGCAGCUGUCCUUCUCUCCUCAGGACCUGGAGGUGAUGUUCGCCUUCCCCCUCAUCUACAGCAUCUUCCAGCUGGGGGCGGCCCUCAUUGGGGUGACAGGGUACCGUCUGUAUAAGAGAUGCAAGAACGGCUCAGCAGAAGAGGACAGCGAGAGGGCGGAGCCUGCGGAGGAGAAGCAGGAGUACGCCCUGGACAACGCCGGUCUGCAGUGUGACGAGAAUGGAAACACAGGAGGAAAGACGAAGGCCACCCAGCUCUGAGAAGGACCCAACACACACACACACACACACACACACACACACAAACACACACACACCAUUUUCCACUGCUGACCUAAAUGACCACCAGUAGCCAGACAUAAAACACAAUAGGCCACCUGGUGUGAUGGUUUCAUUUUAGUAUUUGUAGCAUUCCUGGACUCUGGUGCCUAAGCAAGGUGUCUGGGUCCCUCUUCAAGCAUGCAAA